AUGAAGGCUUUUUAAAGUUGAAUACAUAUGAUUCCCGCUCUCAUUACUCAGGUUUGGCAAGCGCUGGCAAGUUGGGUGAGAGAUUCGCGAGGUGCUUGGCUUCAUGGACUUGCUGCAAACAUAGGCAGCGCUUCUAGCUUUAUGGUUAAAUUGUGGGGUCUAAGAGAAGGGCUCCGUCUCUGUCGCACAUUAGCCAUUGAGCGUCUGGUCGCCGAGCUUGAUUCCUUUGUAGUUGUCCAAUUCACCACUGAGAUCAGGGAACUAGAUGGUAUAGUGGCUGCUUUGGUGAUGGACGCUAGAGCGUUGAUGAGUUAUUGGGCAUACUCUCAGGCGGUAAUGCUGCUACCGACUUCCUUGCUUCAUUAGAACAUUCUUCUCCUCGGGGUUACUCUUUUUGCAUCUCCUCGUUCAGGUUUGAACCACAUUGUGAUGGGUGAUGCUAUGAGCAUUAUGUCCCUAAGGGCUUAGAAUUUGAGUGAUUUUUCUACUGAUGUAUCAAGAAAACAAAAAUCAUUAA